AUGGGGAAAAAAGUUGCCGCCACUGCUGUCAAAUUGGAAUCCACUGUAGCUGCCACUACCAUUGUAGAGCCAAAGAACGAGGAGGCCAGAAAAGAAGAGAAGGUUACAGUCAAAUUAGAAGAGGAAAAUCUGACAGAGACAGCCGCAGUAAUUGAGACGCCAAGAUACGUUCAUGACAACCCUCGCGCCUUCAAAGGAAGACUCGGUUAUGCUUGCAUGAAUACCAUAUUACGUAAACAAAAGCCAUCUAUUUUCAGUGCAAGAACAUGUCGGUUAGCUACUGUGGCCGAAAAAGGGAUUGACGUUGUCAAAGAGAUCGCACUACAGAAUGUUACGGAUAUGAAGACCAUGAUUCAAUGGAAUGAAGAUCACAAUAUUCGAUUCAUGCGUCUUUCAAGUGAUAUGUUUCCCUUUGCAAGUCAUGAAAAAAUAGGCUACGAAAUCGAUUUUGCAGAAAAACAGCUGAAAGAAGCAGGGGAUUUGGCCAACAAAUACAAACAUCGCUUGACAAUGCAUCCCGGCCAAUACAACCAGUUAGUCUCACUUAAUCCAAAAGUAGUUGCAAAUACAACACGCGAACUUUAUUAUCAUGCACACAUGUUGGAUUUGAUGGGUAUGGAUCAGGAUUCCGUGAUGAUUAUACAUAUGGGAGGUGUUUAUGGCGAUAGAGAGGCUGCUUUGGCUAGAUUUGAACAGGAAUAUCAAAAGUUACCAGACACUGUCAAGCGAAGAUUGGUUUUGGAAAAUGACGAAUUAGGCUACUCAGUCUCUGAUCUUUUACCAAUAUGUCAAAAGCUUCAAGUUCCAUUGGUACUUGACUGGCAUCACCAUCACAUCAACCCUGGAAAUGUGACAGAUCUGAUAUCCUUAUUACCUGCCAUCAACAAAACUUGGACAGACAAAGGCAUCAAACCCAAGCAACAUUAUUCAGAAUCAAGAAACGGCGCAGUAACCCAAAUGGAGAGAAGAGCACACAGUGAUCGAGUACAGAACUUGCCACCUACCACUGAUGAUGUUGAUUUGAUGAUUGAGGCAAAAGAUAAAGAGCAAGCUGUAUUCCACUUGUACAGAUUAUUCGAAUUAGAGACUGUAGAUGAUGAUGUCUGGAUACCACAAACUGGCGUUGAAACAAAGCAAACCGGUGGUCGAAAGAGUACCAAGGCUGCUCGAAAGAAAAAGGCAGCAGAAGAUGCAUUAAAGGAUGAAUUGAAAGACGAAAAUGGCGACGAUGAUUACAGCGAAGAUGUCAAGCCAAAAAGAACACGCAAAGCCAUUACUACCAAGAAAGCAACAUCCUCUGCCAAGAAGCGAAAGGCGGACAUGGUUUCUGGUGAUCAAGAAGAGUUCAAUCUGGAGGAAGAGGUAACUCAAGUGCGUCAAACCACCAAAAGAGCAACAGCCGCUGCAUUAGCAAAGAGAAAGGAAAUUGAAAAAGAAGUAGAGGCCAUUGAAUUGGCCAUGGAGGAAAAGGAAAACGAAUCUGCCCAAGCAGAUGAUGAUGUGCGCAUGGAUACUGCCAUGCCUGAAAAGAUGGCAAAGAGAAAGAAGCCUGCUGUAAAUGGUAAGGCCAAGAAGAGCGCAAAGAAAGAGCCUACUGCUAUUGAUUUACCUGUCAAAGCACCACCAGAGGUCAAAGCGACUACUCGCAGAUCAAGACGCAGUGUUGACGGUAAACAGGCCAAGAGCAACGAGUAA